AUGCGAAGUACCAUGCCUCUUGACGAGGACGGGGGUACAAGUGAUGUGGACAGAGGGAGGGAUAAUCCAGGCCUGAGCUCUGCGAAAACAUCCAAAAGACUGAAUCAGAUUGACUGUGUUCGAGCCAACGGGGUUGGCGAUCAUGUUGCGCUACCCCAGCUGGCAGUGUGUGGUGAUCAAUCCGCGGGAAAAAGCUCUGUUCUCGAAGGUAUCACCGGAUACCCUUUUCCUCGAAAAGACGGACUCUGUACACAAUUCCCCACCGAGAUAGUACUGCGCCAUGAUCUUCAAGCCAAUUCUAUGACUGCAAGCCUUCUGCCGAGUCAAUCUCGUUACCCCGAGGAGAAGAAAAAGUUCGCAGGGUUUCAACGAGAAUUUCAAGAUUUCAACGAAUUGCCAACUAUAAUCCGCGAGGCCUCUGAAUAUAUGGGUAUUCGAGGAUUCAGCAAACUUGCUGAUGCACCUGGCUUUGCUGCAGACGUCCUUAGACUCGAAUUGGUCGGCAAUACCGGGCUUCAUCUGACUCUGGUUGAUCUGCCAGGGCUGAUAUCGGUCUCCGAGAAUGAAGAAGACGUUGAGAUCGUGCAAGGGCUGGUUGAUUCAUAUCUGCAAAGUUCUCGCACAAUAAUACUUGCUGUUAUUCCGGCCAGCAGCGAUGCAGAAACCCAGCGCAUUAUUCAACGGGCGCGUCAUUUUGACAAGGUGGGUGUGAGGACUGUAGGGAUCAUCACGAAACCCGACCUCAUCAACAAGAAUACGGAAGAAAGAGUGGCUCGGUUGGCAAAAAAUAUGGAUCGUACCAAGUUGAAUCUUGGCUUCUUUCUCGUCAAGAACCCUUCGCCGGAUGAAUUAGUGGACGGGAUCAGUUUUCAGCAGCGCCAUCGGGCGGAAAUAGAGUUCUUUUCCAGUCAACGCUGGAAAGCCCAAGGAAUAGAUUCUACGAGAAUUGGAAUGAACAAUUUACGUUCGUUUCUGGAGGAUUUGCUGGAUAGCCAUAUUGAGCGAGAAUUGCCCAAAGUUCAGCAGGAGGUCCGACGUCUACUACAGCGGGUUGAUGAUGAUAUAAUUGGCCUCGGGAUGGAGAGGUCGAACGCAGCGCAAAUUCGAGUAUUCCUCACUCAUAUCAGCACCGAAUUCUAUGGAGUUAUCAAGAAUGGUCUCGAGGGUAAUUAUGAUAGCUGGGACGGCGAGUUCUUUACAAGUGGACCUGAGACUUGCCGACUACGAGCUGCGAUUCAUAGAGAAAAUGAGCGCUUCGCUCACUACAUGAGAACCCAUGGUCAACGGAGGAAAAUCGUUACUUCUGGGAUCGAUGAUGAAGUGGAAGAGGAGAAUGAGGACGAAAGCAAGAAGGAAAUUGAGGAGGAUCAAAACAAAGAGCUUUUGGUUACAGAGGAGGAUAUGUUUUCUUGGAUCAAAGAGUUUGUGCGCCAGGCCUUGAGGUUUGUGGUGAAAGAUGCUGGUGUCCACGAUAAAUUGCACAAAAACAUCAUGGCUGCAGUUAAUAAGAAUACCGGCGAUGCACACGAAGAACUCGCCAAGCUCAUACAAGAUGAAAGGGGUCACCCAAUUACCUACAAUCACUAUUAUACCGACAACAUUCAGAAGGCGAGACAUGACGAAGCGAAGGAGAGCAUUCGAACUUCCGUCAGAAAAGCAGCUGAAUCGGAUUGGGGUGGCAAUGUUCACUUCAGCAAUAAUACCCAUGAAAUGAAUCGAAUGAUUCUAGCUCUGCAGAAACGCGUGGAGGUGAAUAUGGUUGACAGAGCUUGCUCCGAAGCAUUGACCGAUCUGAAUGCAUAUUACAAGGUAAUUGAGAGGCAUAUUCUGGCCAAAUUAGGAGGCGCAUUUCACCCAACAGUUGUGAGUAAUUUCUCAGACGAGGAACUAAUGCGUCUUGCUGGUGAGUCACAGAGCACUAGUCGUCAACGUAUUGAGACAGUGCAAUUGAAAAAGAAACUGGAGGCAAGUCUACAAGAAUUAUCCACUUAG